UCGAGGUGUUAUGAAGGGAGUACGGCUGCAUAGUGCUAGAAAUCGUUUGAACACAAUUAAUUACACAAAAUUUUCGCCACCAGAUUUCAGUGUGUGGUUGAAAACAAUUGUAAUUUAAUUGUGCACACUUAAUUGACGUGUUGUGCCUAUUAAUACAAUCACUUUGGGGUAGGAACCAACGGAAGCGGACACAAAAAUGAAAAUUUUUAAAAGAAUUUUUUUCCUACUUUCGUCUUCAUUUUGUGUAUAAUUUUUUUUUUUUGUUAAUUCGUUGCUGUAUAUGCUGAGUGUGUGUGCUUAAUUCUCAAUCAUUCGUACGAAAUGUGUACUAAAUAUUAAUUUUAAAUAAGGAAGAAGAAGAAGAAGCUUCUCCUGUAAUACGUUUUUUAUAUGACAUCAACAACUGAUGUUGAGGCUUUUGCCUUUAAGUACUCAUUUUGGACUUUAUGAGGAAGUGAUGGAAUUUAAGAGUGUUGACUUGACUGUGUAUAUAUAAUUAAGCAUUGAAAAGUAAAUAAAUAAACAGAAGGAGAAACUGAGAAAUUGAAAAAACCAGUUUGCAUUACAAUUUUUUUGCGUAUAUAUAUGCUGAAGAAAAAUCAUAACAAGCACACAAAUUAGCAAGAUAUUAUAAAGUAUUAGACCAUACAGCUUGCUUGAGGAUUGAGAAAUGAUGUUGCGACAAUUUAUAAGUUAUGUUAAAAAUUGCAGUCGAAAGAGAAAAUGCGAUGAAGAUGACGAUGCAAAAGAAGAUUUAUCAAAUGGAAAUGUUGUAAACGGAACAACAAGCAACAGCAUCAAUAUGUCCGCGGCUACAAAUUUCACAAUUACACCAUGUCAAAUAAAGGCACCGUUAGUUGUCAUCAUUGUUGGACUUCCAUUUCGUGGCAAAUCAUUUGCAGCUCACAAAAUAUCCAGAAAUUUGUUUUGGAAGGGAGAGGACGUGAAAGUAUUUGAAGUUGAGGAGAAGACGAGUGAGGAGACCCUAAAAUAUAUCACAGAGUGGUUCGAGACAGGCCAUAAUGUUGCCAUCAUCGAUGGAAUGCAUUUAACGAAGCAGGACAGAAGUAUCGUGGGAAAGUAUUGUCGCGAGAAUGUCUACCAUCAUCUCAUCAUCGAGUUUGAGUGUGAGGAGAGAUGCGUUGAAGAGAAUAUUAAGGACACAGCACAGUUUUAUCAGAAAGUCGAUAAUAAUCAGGACUGGUUGCAGACCUUCCGUGAGAAAAAUGCCAAAUACAAGAAUCAAUUCGAAAGAUGUUCACCACACGAGGGACCACUUAUCAAUGUCACCAACUCCGAGAAUGUAUUGAUUCAUUCCGUUAAGGCCCGUGGUGUUCAAGGAUUAUUGCAGACAAUCAUAUUGGGUGUUUUGUCAGCACCAGUUAUCAAAAAUCGUACAUUCUUCUUCAGUAGACACGGAGAAUCAGAAUUCAAUGUUUUGGGACGUAUCGGAGGUAAUGCUGAUUUAUCAUCAAGAGGAAGAAAAUAUUCAGAGAAUUUAGCAAAGCAGUUGGGCGGUCCAGGAAGCAAUCCAAAUGGACCAAAACCCAGAUUAAUCUGGACAUCAGAAUUGCAACGCACUAUUCACACAGUUCAAAAUAUUCCUGGUCCACGUACAACUUUGAAAGAUCUCAAUGAGAUCAAUGCAGGAAUAUGUGAAGGACUCACAUAUGAAGAAAUUCAGGAAAGAUUUCCACAAGAAUUUGCCUGGCGUGACCAGGAUAAAUUAAAAUAUAGAUAUCCACUUGGCGAGUCAUAUUUGGACUUGUUGCAAAGAGUAGACGGCGUCGUUCAGGCACUUUUAUUAAACACAGAUGUCUUGGUUGUUUCACAUCAAGCUGUCUUGAGAUGCAUUUUGGCAUACUUCAAAGGCAGCAGUCCAGAGGAAAUUCCAUACGUCAAUGUCCCACUUCACACUUUAUUGAUUGUCAAAUCGUAUGGAUAUGACUUUAAAAUCGAGACAGUCCCGUUGAAAGUUGAAUGCGUUGAUACAUACCGCAUACAGCCAGCCAAUUGCUCUAUUGAGAGAACCGCAGCUGACGCUUUGAAGACCGUUCCAGCGCAUUUUGAUGCACCUAUAAUUAAUUAACAUAAGGAUGACGCCGAAUCUGCACCAGCUAAGCAAAUUAAAUUAAGCAAUGAUUAAUUUCGUUUCCUUAUUGGUGAAUCCUACAUAUAUAUUUUUGUUUAAAACUAUCGCUUUAUUGCAAAUAUGGUUUUUCUUUUUGGAUAUAGUUUAAUUAAUCAUUUUGGGACGAUUUAUCUCAAAUUCCAAAAUUAUUCUAAAGCAAAUUAGGAUUCUAGGAGGCACCUAUAAGUAAAAAAAAAAUAUUAUGAUAAAAAGUCUCAAGUAUUUUUUCUUCUCUUUUUUUCUAUUUUAAUUAAUU